UCCCCCGGCCCCAUGGCGGGCCCGGCGCCUCCCGCCGCCGACGAGCUGCCCGGCCCGGCCCGGCGCCUCUACUCCAGGAUGGAGGCCUCGUGCCUAGAGCUGGCCCUGGAGGGUGAGCGGCUGUGCAAGGCGGGAGACUUCAAGGCGGGCGUGGCCUUCUUUGAGGCCGCCGUGCAGGUGGGCACCGAGGACCUGAAGACGCUGAGUGCCAUCUACAGCCAGCUGGGCAACGCCUACUUCUACCUGAAGGAGUACGCGCGGGCGCUGGAGUACCACAAGCACGAUCUGCUGCUGGCCCGGACCAUCGGUGACCGCAUGGGGGAGGCCAAGGCCAGUGGGAACCUGGGCAACACGCUCAAGGUGCUGGGCCGCUUUGAUGAGGCCGUCGUCUGCUGCCAGCGGCACCUGGACAUCGCCCAGGAACAGGGGGACAAGGUCGGGGAGGCGAGGGCUCUGUACAACAUUGGCAAUGUGUACCACGCCAAGGGCAAGCAGCUGUCCUGGAGCGCCGCGCAGGACCCAGGGCACCUGCCACCUGCUGUCCGCGAGACGCUGCGCCGGGCUUCCGAGUUCUACGAGAGGAACCUGUCCCUGGUGAAGGAGCUGGGUGACCGGGCGGCCCAGGGCAGGGCCUACGGCAACCUGGGCAACACCCACUACCUGCUGGGGAGCUUCACGGAGGCCGCGACCUUCCACAAGGAGCGCCUGGCCGUCGCUAAGGAAUUCGGAGACAAAGCAGCGGAGAGGAGGGCCUGCAGCAACCUGGGCAACGCCCACGUCUUCCUGGGGCGCUUCGACGUGGCCGCCGAGUACUACAAGAAGACGCUGCAGCUGUCCCGGCAGCUCAAGGACCAGGCGGUGGAGGCGCAGGCCUGCUACAGCCUGGGCAACACAUACACGCUGCUGCAGGACUACGAGCGCGCGGCGGAGUACCACCUCCGGCACCUGCUCAUCGCCCAGGAGCUGGCCGACAGAGUGGGCGAGGGCCGGGCGUGCUGGAGCCUGGGGAAUGCCUACGUAUCCAUGGGGAGCCCAGCCCAGGCCCUGACUUUUGCAAAGAAGCACCUGGAGAUCUCCCAGGAGGUCGGGGACCGCAGCGGGGAGCUCACGGCCCGCAUGAACGUGGCGCAGCUGCAGCUGGCUCUGGGCCGGCUGGCCAGCCCGGCGGCCACGGAGAAGCCAGACCUGGCCGGCUAUGAGGCCCAAGGAGCCAGACCCAAGAGGACGCAGAGGCUGAGCCCGGAGACCUGGGACCUGCUGAGACUACCCCUGGAGCGGGAGCAAAAUGGAGACAGCCACCACGCGGGGGACUGGCGGGGGCCCGGCAGGGACUUGCUCCCUCUCCCCGUGAGGAGCAGGAAGUACCAGGAAGGGCCCGACUCGGCUGAGAGGAGGCCGCGGGAGGGCGGCCACUCCCCACUGGACAGCGCGGACGUCCGGGUGCAGCUGCCUCGCACAAGCAUCCCCCGGGCCCCGUCCUCCGACGAGGAGUGCUUCUUCGACCUGCUGAGCAAGUUCCAGAGCAGCCGCAUGGACGACCAGCGCUGCCCCCUGGAGGACGGCCAGCCCGCGGCCGCUGAAGCCACAGCCACCCCCACCCUGGAGGGUCGGGUCGCCCAGCCCUCGCUGACGGCCUCCCCACAGACCGAGGAGUUCUUUGACCUCAUCGCCAGCUCCCAGAGCCGCCGGCUGGAUGACCAGCGCGCCAGCGUGGGCAGCCUGCCUGGCCUGCGCAUCACCCACAACAACCUGGGCCACCUGCGUGGUGAUGGGGACCCCCAGGAGCCAGGGGACGAGUUCUUCAACAUGCUCAUCAAGUGCCAGUCCUCCAGAAUCGAUGACCAGCGCUGCCCGCCCCCGGACGUGCCACCCCGCGGCCCCACCAUGCCCGACGAGGACUUCUUCAGCCUCAUCCAGAGGGUCCAGGCCAAGCGGAUGGAUGAGCAGCGGGUGGACCUCGCCGGGAGCCCGGAGCAGGAGGUGGGCGGGCCCCCGGAGUCCCGGCAGCAGUGCCAGCCCGGUGCCAGCUAAGGUGCCCGCAGCCAGGCCUGCCCCCCACCCCCCAGUCCUGGACGGGGCUGGGGUGGGGUGUGCUCACCAACAUCCAGGAUGCUCACGGCCCCCUCCCCACCAAGAAGCCUCCCUAGGCUGCGGCUGAGGGCAGGCUCUGAGCCAUGCGGCCCCGCCCACUGCGCCGGACGCCGGGCACCCAGCCCCCUCUGUGCCCCCUCCCAGGGCAGCAGGCUCAGGCCGGGGCUCGCUCCUGUCCUGCGCCCGCCCCACGCGGUACGUGGCUUCCCGCAGCCCUGCCCUCGCCCUCGCCCUGCCCCAGGCCGGCCUUCAGCAUGUCGGCUCCAAAGCCCAGGUGCUGUCCGGAUCCUCUCCACUCUCUCCCUGCCCCCUGCCUGGCCAAAUGUGAAGCCCCGCUGCCCACCCCCCCCACCCCCAGAGACGUCUCUGAAGCCUCCUCUCUGGGGCCACCAGUGACGGGCAUUUCUGUUUUCCGGAAGCUGGCCCCGGUGUGCUGAGCACAGGCGUGCCCGCCCCAACUCAGCCUCACCCCUGGGAGGGCCCCUCCCAGGCCCUGUCCCGCUUUCUGCCGGGGCUGGAGGACGAGGACACACGGAGACUUGGCAAGCCUGCAGCCUGAGAGGGCAAUGCCCCCCCCCAACGCGGGUCUCUGGGCCCCACCAGGCAUGUCAUCAUGAGCCCACAGGGUUGGGAGGCCUGCCACCUUCCUCAACUCCAAGCCCAGGAGCCCAGGAACUGAGCUGGCCUGGUUCUGGGCAUACCAGCUGGCAAAGGUCCACCCCACUGGCCAUCAGCAGGGCGGGUGGAGCAGCCAGCCCCCCCACCCCGCAGGGCGAAUGACAUCACCCCCUUCUGCGGGGUGAGCCGCCCUAGGGGUCGGGCAGAAGACAGGCCCCUUGGGAGACCGCCACCAUCACGGGCACAAGGGGGCCCCUCCUCUUGGGUGGCACUCUGCCCAGCCCCAGGGUCCUGCUCGGCAAGUGCAAGGAGGCCACUGCA